AUGAUAUCCGAGCUGGGGAGUACCCGGUCCGAUGGAAUUCUGCUGCUGACGGUUGUGCAGUUCGUGGUUCGCAAGUGUAUUCACGCGCGCGGCAUCGAGUUGGGGCACGUAUCGCUUGCCAUCGACGACUUCCUCAACGAAAUUCCGCAAGGCUGGUCACUGGACGAAGCUUACAAGCGGACGGGUAGUCUGCGCUGCAUGCAGUAUUUGGCUGCUUGCGGACCUGAGGAGUUGCAGUCGUACCACCGAUCGUGGAUAACCAACAACGUGGUUGAAAUGGCUCUUAAGACUGGAGAUGUCGAGGCUUUGAAGUGGCUUGCUGAAGUAUACGCUCCAGGCGUAUCGAUGACCAGGGCAGCGGAGUUGGCAGCCGGAGGAGGACACUUGGACGUGCUGGAGUGGUUGUAUCGGAACCACCGCAACCGAGUCGACUGGGGUGGAGCUGAGUGGUGUGAAGCUGUCCGAACAGGACAAAACGACGUGGUGGGGUGGCUACGGCGCCAAGUAAAACCCCACCAGGAAGUAGGGCCCCAACUAAUGCUGGACGCAGCGAGAGCUGGAGAUCUUCAAGUGCUUCAAUGGCUUUGUAUCGAGUUCACUCUACCGGUUUCCCAUGCGUUUGUCGAAGCGCAGAGAGGGGCUCAAUGGGGGAUUGCGAAGUGGAUUCUGGUGAACUGCGAGGUGGAAGACCCGAGCAUCGACAUGGCUGCCGUCGCCGGAGACGGUGACAUGCAGUUCUUGCAGUGGGCGUACUCGAACGGCUUUGGUCGACCUACUGCUCACGCGCUUGAGACCGCCGCUUUCAACGGACACCUGGACACCCUCGAGUGGCUGGUCGACGGUCCUGCCAAGCUUGAGCUCACUUCAUCUGUUCUCAGCGAGGCAGUUCGCGGAGGGCAUUUGGAAGUACUCAAGUGGCUGUGCGCUCGAGAAUGCCCCUCGACGUCUGCAGCUCUGGACGCUGCUGCUGAGAACGGAUUCCUCGAGGUCGUUCAGUUGCUCUACUCGUACAGACGGGAAGGCUGCUCUUCUCGAGCUCUGGAUCGAGCAGCGUGCAAUGGCCACCUGGAGGUUGUGAAGUGGCUUCACGCCACCGACAAAGACCUUUACUGUCCUGCGGCGAUCAACCGAGCGGCGGAGUUCGGUCACCUGGACGUGGUGAAGUGGUUGCACACGCACAGAACCGAAGGCUGCAGCACCGAGGCCUUGGAUUGUGCGUGCCACCAAGGCCAUCUGCACGUAGCAAAGUGGCUCCACGCGAAUCGAAGCGAGGGCAGCGGCAAGUGGACGAUGGAUCUGGCCGCCGCGUCUGGGCAUCUCGAGGUCGUCAAGUGGCUGCACGAAGAGCUCCACAAGCCGUGCACGACGUGGGCGAUGGACAGCGCCGCUCGCCAGGGUUACCUGAACGUGGUCAAGUAUCUGCACGUCAAUUGUACUGCGGGCUGCACUCCUGAAGCGAUGUCGGCAGCGGCUGCAAACGGGCACUUGGAUGUUGUGCGAUGGCUGAAGCUCAACCGCUCCGAGGGGUGCACCCCCACAGCCUUGAACAGAGCCAUCGCUGGCGGACACCUCGACGUCGCCAUGUUUCUCCAUCGUGAGCUAGGUCCCAAAUGCUCAUUCCGUAGCGACGUAGUGCUACGAGGACUUCGCUUGGAGCUGGUGGAGUGGCUGCUUGCAACGUGCCGCGAUGAGCUUGAGCGGGGGAUCAAGUUUCAAGUCCAGCGAUGCGACCGGCGCUUCAACCAGUGGAUGCGGACCCAAGCCAUGGAGAUCGUCGACCAGAACGACACGUGCGUAGUCUGGAAGUGGGGUCCUCGCGCGUGA